CCUAAGAAACAAUAAUCAGAUCGUGUUCAUCUCCCCAGUUUUAAUCACUGUGUCAAUCCUCCCUCCAAUUCAUUUCUCAACUACAGACUACCAUUAUUGCAGACGCGCCGCGCCUCUUCACCGUACCCCAAGCACUGUUGUACAUUUCACAAGGAUCAUUCAAUGGCUUUCAGAAAGAUGUUCUUGAACGAUCUUCUUCUAUACGAAAAAUUGGGUGGCUAUUGCUUUGGGAACUUCGGCAGAUUCUAUGCUACCAAAGUGGACUUGAGGAAACUUCGACCCAUGAUUCUCAAGAGAAUUGAGAAACGUUCCAGACUUUACCCUGUUCGUUCCAUGGUUCCUGUUGCCAAUGAGGUUUUGCUUGCUAGGAAUGUUCUCGUUCAUGGUGUUUCAACUCUCCUCAAUUCAUUGCCUCUCAUGGCUUGCAAAUUUUGUCCAGAGAUAUAUAUUGGUGAACAGGGACAUUUAAUUCCAACUUGCUGGGGUUACAAGCAUCGUGCCAAGAACAGGGUUCAUGAAUGGGUCAAAGGUGGUUUGAAUGAUAUACUUGUUCCUGUUGAGACAUUUCACCUUAACAACAUGUUCCAAAGUGUUAUUAGGCAUAACCAAAGGUUUGACUUUGAUCGCAUCCCUGCUGUUGUCGAACUAUGCUGGCAAGCAGGGGCUGAUCCUCACGAUGAAAAUCUUAAUUCAAGUAGUUGGAACUUGGAGGCUACUAACGGCAAUGUCGAUGGUACCGAGCCUUUGUCACCGAAUGAUCUUGCUUUAAUAGCAAAGAGCACUUUAGAAGCUUGGGAGACUCUCAGGUCUGGGAUGGAGAAAUUGUUGCUGGUAUAUCCAGUAAAAGUUUGUAAAUAUUGUUCAGAGGUUCAUGUGGGGCCGUCUGGCCAUGAAGCUAGGCUCUGUGGAGUGUUCAAGUAUGAGAGUUGGAAAGGAGGUCAUUUUUGGACGAAAGCUAAUGUGGAUAAUUUAGUGCCCCCAAAGAUUGUAUGGAGACGAAGGCCUCAUGAUCCUCCUGUACUUGUGAAUGAAGGAAGAGACUUCUAUGGACGUGUUCCAGCUGUACUAGAUUUGUGCACGAAAGCCGGUGCCAUUGCGCCCGCAAAGUAUAAUAUUAUGAUGAAAGUGCAAGGUUUGUCUGGUCCUGUCAAUUAUAAGAUUUUACAGGGGCAUUAGAGGUUCAAACAACAACUUAAACCAUAAUCAGACACACUAUAAUUUGGGGAAGAAAUCUGAGAUGAUAUUAUUUUCAUCUGCAAUUUCCUGCAUAAUUUGAAAUUGUCUGGAUAUCUGAUUAUGGAUCUUUGUGCCUGAUCAUCUGUUGGUUAGAGAAAGAAAUUUUGCUCCCGUCCAUAUCUCGUAUCUCCCAAAAUCAAAGUAUUUCUGCAGAGCAAAUUAGAAUCCCUAAACUUAUGUUUUGCGGGAUUUAAUGGACCCACUCUUCAGAUUUGACAAGGGUAAUUUAAUGUUCUAUCCAGUCAAACAUUCCAGGUAUUUUUCCUUUUACAUUAUUUGAGAUCCUUGAGGAAUCUUAAGUCCAAUAAUUGGUAGAAGUAUCAACAUGGGAGAUAUUACAUUGUUGUAAAUGUUUGUAAAAAAUUCAUUGCUGCUAAUAAAAGGCGGUUUAUUGCUGAGAUUUCAUUUUUCUUGAGAUACCACACAAAUAGAAAGACUAGUUUGUUGACUAAAGAAUUUAUUUUCUAUUGAUUAUCAACUAUUUAGUUUGCAUAUUUUAAUCCUUUAAAGCAUUACAAGCACUCUAGAGGGAAAAGUGUAGAAUUACAAACGGUGAUUGACAAAUCAAUGAAGAAAAUUGUGAUAAAAUACACGUCUGAUAUAUCACGUCAAUUGUAUGUUAGGUCUCGUAAGAGCCAGGCCCAGGUGCUUCUCUAUUUGAGAUGGUUUAUGGAAUAAAGCAUUCUGCCUUUGUUUGUUACUUAUCUAGGGGAGACUUUACUAAAGGAAAGGUAUGACAGAUAUUUUAUUGGAUAGGGAUGAUAUUCUUAAACAACUUGCUUAUCAUUGGCAGUGAAUCUAAAGCCGAAUGAGUCAUUCUGCGAACUAACAUAUGAGAGAUAUGUCUAGCAUUCGAUAGUUAGGCAGGCCUAGGGGUAUGUAUUGAGUCAUUCUGCGAACUAACAUAUGAGAGGCGUGUCUAGCAUUCGAUAGCUAGGCAGGCCUAGAGGGGUAUGUAUCUCUCGCUUUUCGCUAAGUAUUUUUAGCAGUUAUAUACAAUGACUAAGAUAGAAGCAGGGGCCAGCAAGUUACAAUUUUUUACAAUCACUUUUAUUCAAUUGAAUUGAAAAUCUAAAAACAUUUCCACAAUCCCACAAAAUUGUGAAUCAUCUAACCCAUCAGUUCCAAUAGGAAUAUUUGCAUCUAAUGAACAAGAACUGUUAUCUGAUAUAGUUCUUUUCUGUUUUUUCUUUGGAGAUUACUGAGGCUAUUAAAGUUAUUGAGUGAUGUUAAUACAAAUGUGCGUCUACAUUAAUGGAAUCAUUACUAUUUUCUUUUUAUUCUAUUUAAUUUUGAAGAGUCAUAAAUUUGUAUAAGUAGCAGGUAUAACAUAUAGAGAUAGUAAAAUCUUAAAAUUUCUAGACAAAAAAUUCUUUUAAAAUUUAAACAUGUGUAUGCUUAUGAGUAAAACAAUGAAGUUUAAUGUAUAAUGUUCUUCAACUUCCCAUUCUAAAUGACAAACAAUGCACAAAACAACCUAAGACAAAUAAAUUCAUAAUUAUUAUGAUAGCUUCAAUCUCAGGCACUGCGACUAACCGUCCCUUUGAACACGUAGAGAUAGUCGCCAUUUUCAACUCCAUGCCACCUAAGACUACAACUAUCACGCAUGAUCCUCUGCCUGUGUAUAAACAGAUAGUCAUCAACUGGCAGAAUUUUUCUGCAUAGCAGCAGCUGCUUCAAGUCAUUAAUAGUGCUUAUAUCUCUCAUCUCCAUUGGAAUGGUGGCUGCAUUAAGCAAACUAGUGGAAGUUUGUACCACAAAGCUAACCUUCCUAGCUGCUGGUUCUUUGGACCGAUGCGUCGUCCUGAGGAAUACAAUAAUUUCAGAAAAUUCACAAAUACCAUACUCAUUUAGGUUUCGAAAAUCAUCAUCUAGUUCCUUCCCUAAAAAGAAAAGUGACAUUCUUUUGAUGGGGGCACUAUCAAUGAUGUGAAUUUUUUCCUUCAAGCUAUGGACGGUAUCGGUCUGGUCCACUUCUAUGUUAGUCCGUUUAGCUGGAAACUUUAUUGUGAUUUGCAUCUUGCUAUUAUAGUUAAUGGUAUCUGAUUCCCCUGGCUUGAUGGUGAGAUCAACUUUUGUGCCUUCAGUGACUAUUGGAUAGUCUUCCAUGUCUAAUCCAUCAACUAGUUCCCAUCCAGAAACUGUUAGGAUUUGGUAAGCCACUGGAACACCAUGGAUUUGUUCUAUUUUUCUUUUGAUUUCAACAACUGUUUCUUGGGUUCCCACUUCAAUGAAAAAUUGAUUAACUCUUGUGGCAAUGACAAUUUUCAUGAUGGAACUAUUUUGAAGCCUGAUGUUCUUGGAUAGGAAAAAGGGUAACAAGAACUGAAAGUUUGAAAGCAGUUUUAAAAUUUGUACAAACAACUUGUCCAAUGUGUGAGUAACAAACUACAACGACUCAAUCUUUUAGUUAGGCUCAUGAGAUUAUGAUAGCAAAUGGGCAUAACUUGAUUUAAAUCAUGUUAAAUAUAUGAGUAUUUUCAAACCCAAAAAAAAGAUAUGAGUAUUUGACACAUGCCUUGUAUAUUUAUUCUCAAGUGUGAGACUCAAUAUCACCCACAACACACCCCUUUCUCUG